AUGGGCAGACAUUCUUGUUGCUACAAGCAGAAACUAAAGAAAGGGCUUUGGUCCCCCGAAGAAGAUGAAAAACUUAUAAAGCACAUAACCAAAUACGGCCAUGGCUGCUGGAGCUCUGUUCCUAAGCUAGCAGGGCUGCAAAGGUGUGGCAAAAGCUGCAGAUUGAGAUGGAUCAAUUAUCUGAGGCCUGAUUUGAAAAGAGGUGCAUUUUCUGAGGAUGAAGAGAAUUCCAUUAUCGAGCUGCAUGCACUUCUUGGAAACAGGUGGUCGCAAAUUGCGGCACAGCUGCCGGGCAGAACAGACAACGAGAUCAAGAACCUGUGGAAUUCAUCACUCAAGAAAAAGCUAAGGCAAAGAGGCAUAGACCCCACCACGCACAAGCCCCUCCCGAAGCCCGACGAUCAAGAAAACGCAGCCUCGUCCGCCAACACGCAAGGAUCGAGCGAGGUCAGCUUGGUCGAGAAUCCAACCGACAGCCUGCCGGAAGAGAAGAAGCCCGUCCGGCCCAAUUAUCCUCUCGUCGGAAAUCACUGCACCCCCCCUGUACCCGAUAAUUCGCUCGCCUUGAUCAGGAGCCUCGGGCACGCGCCGUGCACCGGGCUUUUGCCGAAUUCGAAUGCAACCCAUUUCUUCAGCCCGAACCCAAAGCCUUUCGAGCUGCUUUAUGAUGAUUAUUAUUAUUCCAAUCCUUAUGCUGCUGCUACGCCAACCUCUGCUUACAGCUGGGCCAACACACACAAAAAGCCUCCAAAUUUUCAUGAGCCUCAAGAGAACUGCAAUUUUCUCACUAAUUACACUAAUGACACCAUCAUCAUCAACAACAACAAUAUUAAUAAUAUUAUUAAUAAUAAUGGGUUUCAAGUCGAAGAAGAUAUGAAGUGGGCAGAGUAUAUGCAGACUCAAUAUUUACAGGGGAACGCCGGCGUUGACCAUGGUCAAAAUUCAGAUGAAGAUAUGUAUGGAGGAAAAUCAAGGUCUCAUAUUCAGGAUCAACAGUCUUUAUUAAUUCAAGGUGCAGAUUAUUUUCAGAGGAUUUCAGCAGCUUUUGGACAAUUUUCUUAG